UGUUGCUUUGCAUAUCUUUCUGAAAACUUAUUUUAUAGAUGAAUAGCAGGAAUCGUUAGCUGUGACUUUGUGGGCAAAAUGUGAAGUCCCUAACCGCCAGCAACGUCAAAUAAAGCAUUACAGCACGCUAGCUGCCUUUUCGUACUUAUUAAAAAUGCCGCAGAUGUUCUGUGUUGUCGAUGAGGGAGGUCUAGCCUUGCUGACGCGAGCCCAAGGGGACAUCCAGACUCCAAGCUUUCCAGCGGUGGGACUACUCAGCUCUAUUGCAACAUACACAAACAAGUCGGGGCACGAGCUACGAGUGAUAGCGAGCACCAACGUGCGGGUGAUCUACCGUAGGUUUGACAACCAUUUGCUUUUCGUGCUCGUCACUAGCAACUUACUCCUACAGACGGAGCUCCUGCAGCUUCACCUCCAGACGCUGUUCGAUGCGCUGCUGCUGCUGUUGGGGUCAGCUGCGUUGGUCCUAGACACGACGGCUAAGAUUGACGUCCUGAAAAGGAAGCUGAGAGCUCCGAGCAUCCAGCGUGCCAUGGACUCUCUCAUCGCGGAUGACACGCUGGUACCAUGCAUCCUGUUGCCGGUGCCGCAGCUUGUGGGGUUGCCGCUGCGCGACAAAGCGGUGCUGCAAGGGGCCCUGGCGAAGGUGGUAGCGACGCUGGGAUGCAAGCAUGCGGCGCUGAUCAGCGAAGGGUACUACAUGGCUGCUUCGAACGGUUGGUGGACGCAGCUGUCCCCGCGGGAGCAGAUGCUGAUCCAGCAUUUAGCCACCCAACAAGCCGAAGACCAGGACGGAGAUGCUGCUCCAGAGUUGCCGCUGUAUGUGGGGAAGCGGCAGAACGAGACGCCUCUGCUGCUCCGCUGGCUUUCACUGCAGGACGGUGUUCUGCUGGUGGCUCUGUUUGAGCCUGGGGAGAAGGCCCCUCCACCCUUGCAGGAAUCUGAGAUGCAGCUUCGUUCCCACCUACAGCCCGCGUCCCACACAUUGACGCCGCUCUGGAUGAGUCCUCCCGUUCCCCAGUUCGCAUCCAUCACCUUUGACCUGGCGCUGAUAGUGGAGCACUCGCCGCCUGCAGCCACGCUGUUGUGGGGCCACACCGGAUCCGCCAUGCAGCAGGGGUUCAACCCGCUCAUAUCGCCUACGGUGCGCAAGCAGAUGGACAACCCCACCAGCCCCAUGCUUGCGCGCAUCUCCCACAGGCCCUCAUCCGCGCACCGAGAGGAGUCGGCACCUGUCGGUUCCGAUGGGCUGCAGCUCUUCUUCCGGUCCGCAGUGGACACCCUCAUCUCCUUCCUGCUGCAGGCCUGGCCGCAGAUGCCGCCAGCCCUCCAAGCCGCGCUGCAUGGAUCUCUGCGCCCUGAGGGGCUCAAAGGCCCCGGAUCGGACGCGCAUGGCGGCCAGGUACCGGCCCAGCAGCCCCACGCGCCACCUCAGCGCGAGGGCCGCAGCGGCUCGCCUACUUCACGUCUGGGCAAGGGCUCCGGCAACGCCGCCACGCGUCAGCAACCCAGCAGUGCCGCAGGUACCAGCCGGCUGCAGUCGCUGUUCGGCCGGAGUGGGGGCGGGAGUGCGGCUGCGGCGGAGACUACGUCAGCAGACAUGGGCGGCAGUAGCGGGCUUGGCGGAGGACGUGAUGACGCGGGCCAGUGGGAGCCCGCUGAGCUGGCAGACGUACCGUACGAGGAAGUGCACGCUGUGAUUGAAGGGGCAAGGCUUCUAGCGCUGCUGGAUCGAACGGGGCCCCUGGGUGGAUGUGGGACAAGCCCUGGCAGCAGCGGCGGUGGGGUGGGACCUGACAGCGCCGUGGACGUCUUUAUGGUAUUCCCUCGGCGUAUUGGGCGUGUUGCAGCCCUUGAAGCAGCAACCACGCUACGCGCCACGUUCCUCAUGGCGUACCACGACGACGAUUGAGGGUACUUAUCACAGUGGGCAGCUCCCAUGUAGAAUAACUUUCAUACCUGCAAACGUCUGUAAGCCUGUCCACGAAUGAAAUUAUCGGGAUACCCUACGUGAGGGAGACAUUGAUUGCUUGGAACUGUCGUGUAGGCACGCCUACGAUUAUAUCGCUGCACGGAUUGCUGUGGUGAUUGUAUAAACCCGUUGCCUGCAGGUAUGACGUGCAUUGGGCUUAAGUUCGAGGGGUGCGGUUGUUGGUGGAAAUGCAGUACAUUUCCGUAAUACACCUUCGAGUGAGCGAGCGUUUGCUAGGCACUGGCUAUUCCUGAGGUGAUUUUGUUUCUUUUUGCGUAUCUGUGCCUAGCUUCUUAGCGCUAUGAGCGGUAACGCGUUUACAACAUCCUUGCUAAUUACCAAAGGGAGCGGUUCUUAAUUACUUUCAAGCUGAAAGUGCACCGUUCGGCAACUGGGUGUCACUCUAUAUGACUUUCACGCGCUGCGUGCCCAUGUGGCAUUGCGUUGUAACUAGACAAGGAGUAGGUGCUCUAUUAUGGGCUUAAUAUAACGGCGGACAACAACAUAGAUGUUUAACAUUGGCCAGGAUGGUCGUCGGCCAGGCAGCUCCUCCCUGCCCCAGGUGUCACUCACGGGGUCGGGGCCUGGCAGAGGCAAGUCCUCUCGUAGUGGAACCGCGGGGCAAAGCCAGGGUGGCGUGCCCCGGCCCGGCUACAUCCCUAAAUACUCCGCGGAGACGGCGAACAGCACGGAUGCCAUUAACCAGGACAUCCUUCGGCGUGUGAAAGCCAAGUUCGACAGUGCGGAUAUGGACGGCACGGGACAACUGCAUCCACAGGAGUUCAUAAAGGCCUUCCUGGGCAUCCUGCAAACCGAGGACGGCGGAGAUGCAGAUGCCCUUGCGAAGCUCUUUAUGCGCAUCGACGUCAACAGCGACGGUACGGUGGACUGGGACGAGUUCAGCACCUACAUGCUGCUCGAGAGCCAGGGCAGCGCGCGCGUGCGGGAGUUCGAGAGCACCGUCACCAUGCAGGAGGCGGAGCCCUCCCCGGUGCCCGACAUGCUGGCGCACAAGGACGCCAUGACCCACAUCACGGCCAUGCGGCUGGCCAACGGAGUGGACCGCUACGCAACAUGCGGCAGGGAUGGUACCGUGCGUCUGUGGAACGCCAAGGACCUCAAACACGUCAAGACACUGCACCUGCCGCGGCCCCGCGCGCCGCCGCCCGCACGCGACGGCGCGGAGCGGUUGACGAGCGCGCGCGGGUCGCGACCCGUGAACAGCGGCGGGCUGUGGGCCACCUGCUCCGCCUUCAUGCCGCUCACUCAGAAGCUGGCGGUGGGCUCGUUCAGUCGCUCCAUCCGGAUUUAUGAUCUGGCGUCGUACGAGAUUGCCGGACAGAUCCCAGAGAUCGACUUCGUGCCGCUCUGUCUGGACGUGUGGGUGCCCUCGCGCGCUAAAGACAGCGAACUCAUGGUGGUUGGCGACGGCGGCGGCUGGGUGCGGCUGUUCGAGGUGCGUUCCAGUGCGGGAGGCGGCGCGGGUGCGGAGUCGGACACGGUUGUGGCUGCUGCUGCUGCUGCUGCUGCAAACAGCACCGGCAGCAGCAGCAGCGUGGAGCGGCUGACGGAGAAGCCACGCUGGCGGUACCACCACCACAGCGACUGGGUCAUGGCGGUAAAGUACGUUGCCGACAUGAACUGCGUGCUUGCCGCCUCCCUGGACAAGACCGUCUCCAUCACGGAUGCGGAGGAGCGGGUGCCACUCAAGAAGCUGGAGGGACACCACACCAAGGGAGUGAACGCCGUGGACUGGUCCUCGCUCUACAAGUUCGUGGCCACGGGUUCCCUGGACCGCCGCGUUAUCAUGUGGAACCCCUUCAGCCAGAAGCCGCUGGCGGUGCUGUCCGGCCACAACGCGGCAGUGACGGGCGUGGUUGUGAACGACCGGGACAAUCAGAUCAUAUCGCUGUCCACGGACCACGUGAUCAAGAUCUGGGACAUCCGCAACCACAAGUGCGUGCAGUCGCUGCCGGACCGGGAGCUGCUCACCAUGCCGCAGUCCUCCUCGGAUGAUGCCGUGACGCCGGUGUUGUACGACCCUGAGCGACGGCAGCUGGUCACCGGCUACCUGAGACCCAAGGUGUGGAAGAUGACCACGGCGGGUGCUGGAGCCACGCAGGCGCACUCCGCCGCCGUGACGCGGGUGAUCUACAACUCCAACUUCAGUGAGGCCAUCUCAGCAGACCAUGCGGGCACCGUCAGCGUCUGGCACGUGCCCACCGGUAAGCUGCGCUACCGCUUCCUGCAGUGCCACGGCGACAAGCGCAUCACGGCACUCGCGUUUGAUGCCGCCAAGCGGCGGCUUAUCACCGGCGCCGAGGACGGCGACUGCAAGAUCUGGAACUUCAGCAGCGGCGCCUGUCUGAGCCACCUCCAAAGCAAAACCCACGCUGAAAUCACGGCGCUGGUACCCCUACGCGGCCCCCUCACACGCUACGUCCUUGCCGCCGGUUGGGACCGCCGUAUCACGUUCUACGAGGACAACGCAGCCAAGGCAGUGGGCCCUUCUCGCUCCCUUGCCGGACACAAGGCCGAUAUCCUGGCCAUGGUCGCCCUCGAGGGCAGCAGCACCGUGGUCACUGCCAGCGAUGAUGGGGAGCUAUGGGUGUGGAACAUGGACUCAUGCGCGCCCAAACGACGCAUGGUGGCGCCCGGCACGGCCACCCGACCCGCGAAUGAGCGGGCGGUGGAGGCGCUGGCAUUCCUGGCGGGGUCCGGCGUUGGCAGUCGGUUGCGGGGGGUGCUGGUGGCGGUUGGAGCGGACCGUUGGUUACGGUUGUGGGAUGUGCUGGAUGGGACGUUGCUGGCGGAGAGGUUUACGGGGCACCGGCAGGGGGAGACAGUGCAGGCGCUAGCGCUGGAGGGGAGCAACACGCGGAUUGCGACGGGAGAUAGCGGCGGCAUGAUCAAGGUGUGGGACAUGUCGCGCUACUCCGGCGGCACCCUCACCCAGCCGCAAGCAGCAUCCGUGUUCCGGGAAAUAGCUGUGUGGCGCGGCCACAAGAGCCACGUCACCUCCCUCGACUGGGUGGACUCCAGCAGUCCCAGCAACAGCGCAGGAGGGGGCAGCGGCCUGGGCGGCGGCAUCCCCGGCAGCGGCGGCGGUGGCGGCGUCAGCGCUGGAGGCGGCGGGCCGCAUGGGGGGAGCAUGGGGGGAGGGCAUGCGGGUGGCGGGUUUGCAGGAGGGGUGCAUGGAGGUGGAGGGUUUGGAGGAGGGGCUGGGGGAGGUGGUGUUGCGGCCAGGCGGGGAUUGUUCCUGGUCAGCAGCUCAGCGGAUUGUACGGUGGCGUUGUGGACGGAGAGCGGCGUGCGAGUGGGCACGUUUGGGCAGAACACUUGGGCGCUUGAAGACCGGACUACUUGGGUGGAGCAGAAGACCAUCCCACUUGAUGAGCGAGACAGCUGGAUCAUGGAGGCUUCCCUCAUCAUCCCCAGUUCCGACCCGGCCAUCAGCGGCGCGGGAGACAACGCCCUAGCCAACGCCGCAUCCCUCAACUCAUCCGCGACCCUUGUGGCCGCAACCAUUGCAAACGCGCAAGGACUUGGCUUUGGCGACGGGAUACCCCGGUCCGCAGCCCUCGCCAGGCGGCUAGGAAAUCGAAAAGUCACGACCGCCGCCUCGAUCUCCUCCCGGCCCGACAGCGCGCCUCCCGAGAUUGCACUCGUGUGUGAGGUUUCCAACGCAUUGCGAGCGGAACGUCGUAACUCAGUGCGACGAGCGGCCGGAUCACGUGCACUCUCUUUCGCUGCCCGGAGCUCCGCUGCGACCUCAUUCGCAUCGCAUGUGAUGAGCGGGAUGCCGGCGGCGGCAGCCGCCGCCGCCGCCGCGGCGGCAGUCGCGGCGGUUGAGACUGACGGAGGAGCAGCAGCCACAUCGACUGGCGACGGGGGCCCAGGUAGAGCGGCUGGGAGCCAUAGCGUCAGCUACGGCGGCGCCUUUUACGCGGACGGCUCUUCAGCCUUCGCGCAAUCGCACUUGCUGACCGCUGACGGCGGUGAGAGCGAGCAGGAGAGCACUGACAUGGGCGAGAUGAGCAGCAGCAGCAGCAGUGAGGACCAUGCGAGUGACACGGAGGUACCGACGGCGCUGUGGUUGCAUGAUUUUGACGCGGCGCGGCACAGACGGCUGCUGACGACGCCCGGGAACACGAGAGACGGCGGCGGCGGUUGGUCCAGUGGGUCCAAGGCGUACGGGCCGGGCGGGAGAGCGGGCGUGGCGCACUUGCUAAAGGUUUCGGAGCUCGCCAUGCUUCAGGAGCGGCCCCCGCCUACCGUCAUGAGCAGUCGCCGCGGUGUGGCCACAGCAGCCGGCGUGCUCACCAAGUCCUCCGAGAUCUCACCCAUGCGGCUGCGAACUCCUGGAUCAGCUUCGCGUAAACGGUAGCGCUGUUGCAAAGUGACUGGUGGCACAAGGUGUACUUAAGCUGGUUUGCGGCAAGCCACGAUGUGGAUGCGUUGCGAAGGCCUUGACGAGCAGGGUUGGACGCUAUGCUUGAGCGUGCGUUGGAACUUGGAAGAGUGUUUUACUGAAGGGGAGCGAUUAAUGAGUGGCAUGGACAUGGCCUGUAAUCUUGGAUGUGGUCUUGUAUCCCUUGGCCAUGGGCUGUACAGUGACCCGUCUUACCUUAAUGUGCACCUGUACGCAAUGCUGACUACACACCUUGUGGGUGCGGACUUGGAGCUCCAUACUUGGAAGGCAAACUGACUGGUCGGCGUACCGGGUGUAGCCGGUGUACUAUCAGUUAUACUAGUUCGAGUCCUUCGAGGUAUGACGUGAGUAAGGGUUUGCAGUGAAAACCCUUGCAGUCGUCGACAUGUACGAGUGAAAGCAUGCAAUAGUAAAUUAGUAUCUGCAGGUGACUGGGUGCAGCCGACGUUAUCCCUCUGGUGGCUAAAAAAUGGCACAUGGCUGCCUGACUGGACGUCACUGCUGUCUAAACGGUACGGCGCGUUUCUUGAGCGCGCUGCCUUCUAAUCCAGGGACGCUGAGUUUGGGCGUGGUAGGCCUUGAGCCAGACGGCCUUUGACGGCCCCAUGUCUUAGACGAGCUUAAAUGGACAGCGGACAGUAUUGUUCCAGAACAUAUGCCGUCUACCUGGCUUGCAAGAGCACGUUAACACAUGGGCCCGGGUAGUUCCCGCUUGUAUCACCCACACCAUAUCGACACACCCAAUGUACGAGUAGAGCAUCUAAAGCAAGCAUAGAAGUGGUAAAUUUAAACGGCAGCAGUCACUGGUGGGGUGGCAUGGUGCCUUCCAGGCAACUAAGCGCCAUCCUUCCCACCAUAAUCCCUGUGGCAAAGCAACAAGACAGCAACAUGAUUGUGCACGACUGGUAGGUAUCUUGGGGCUGCACCUGCAGCAUUGGCUGGGCCGGCC